AAUGUGCACUUCUACACUCGCCACUUGCUCAUGGAGACAUGGCUUCUCGCCUUGUCAGCAAGCCUGACAGUUCUCGUGCUUGCAAUCUACGGCAGGCGGGUGUACAUCGCUGUCCGGCGAUGGCAGCGCAAGCAAGCACGCCUGGAUGCUAUAAACCAAGAAUACGAGAAUCUGCGAUCCGUCAGGAAAGAUGCAGUGUAUCAUCAUGGUUGGGCCCAGUCCCGGGGAGAGUUCAGAGAGGCAAAGGAUCACGAGGCUCAUGUGGUGGACAUUGACAGGUUGCUUGGCAUCGUUCUACAAAGCUUUUUCACUUCUCGAGCGCUAAGCCCAGGAAGCUUGGCAUCCUUCGGGAGCAGUACAAAGCUGUGGAGGAUGGCCGGUUGGAUGACUUCUCGGGCGUUAUCAUUGCUGAAGGCUCAAAGGAGAAGUGAAGAGGCCAGAUCGACUCAACAGAUGUGGCAAAAAGCCGCUGGAUGCACGCCGUGAUUGGGUGAA